UAACCAGAAUAUAAUUAAACCAGCAGUAUUGAAAUUUGAAGCCAUUAUCCGAGCUUUGGCUGGGCCUGAGUGUAUAUAUAAUUAUAAAUGGUCGGUGUCGAAUCGAUUUUAUCCAAAUUUUUUAUUAUAUUCCUACCCGACCCAGCUAGUCGGGUAUUUGAUUUAAAUGAGUCUUCUGUGGGAUUAGGGCCUAAAGAGGAUAAAAUACAGAGUUAUGGUUAUGGAAGUAACACACACAAUCACACCGUCGCUUAUUUCUAUCUUUUCCUCUCAACUUCAACCCCCAAAAAAUCCUUCCAACUAAUUUCACUUGGACAGGACUAUCUUAUUUCCUACUAAUUCAAAUUUCUUAUUUCUCUAUGCCUCUCCCACACUGAUUCUCUAAAAACAAAAUCCAAGACUUCUCCGUCACUCUUGUUCUUCACCAAGUGAAUUAAGGGGAUGAAGAUUACAAGCUGUGCCAGCCUCGCCAGACCAAGUCUUCUGCUCGUGCAGUGCGACUUACCUUCUUUCGCGUUCCAUGGACCACAAUUAAUAUCUAUCUCGACUCCGUGCAUUUCAAGUAAUUGUAUGAAGAGAUGUGGAUUGGUAAUGAAGAUUCAUUCCUCUGUUGCUGGCCGAACUCGUUCAUCCACCUCCAAAGGUGUAUCUUUGUCCAGGGGAGAUAAAUACAAUAGGGAGCAGAAUGUAAAUCCUUCAUUUUACAAUCACCCUAGUUUAUUAGAGCUGAAGAAUGAAAGGAUUGCUAAUCGUGCCCGUGUUUAUGAGUUCUUGAAGGUUAUUGGCAUUGUUCCUGAUGAGCUCGAUGGACUAGAGCUUCCUGUCACCGUUGAGGUCAUGAGAGAGCGUGUGGAUUUCCUUCACAAGCUAGGUCUUACAGUUGAAGAUAUUAACAAUUACCCUCUUGUUCUUGGCUGCAGUGUGAAGAAAAACAUGGUUCCGGUGCUUGAUUACCUUGGCAAACUGGGUGUCAGGAAAUCUACUUUUACGGAAUUCUUGCGCAGGUAUCCUCAAGUCCUCCAUGCUAGUGUUGUGGUUGACCUUCAACCAGUUGUUAACUAUCUUCAGGGCAUGGAUAUUAAGCCUAAUGAUAUUCCUCGAGUCCUCGAGAGAUAUCCAGAAGUUUUGGGAUUCAAACUUGAGGGUACCAUGAGUACUUCAGUUGCUUAUUUGGUUGGAAUUGGAGUAGCCAGGCGUGAGAUUGGAGGAGUGUUAACCAGAUAUCCGGAGAUAUUAGGUAUGCGAGUUGGUCGAGUGAUCAAACCUUUUGUGGAGUAUUUGGGAAGCUUGGGAAUACCUUGCCUAGCUGUUGCUAGGUUGGUUGAGAAGCGGCCUCAUAUCCUUGGUUUUGGACUUGCUGAGAGGGUGAAACCAAAUGUCAAACUGCUUUUAGAGUGUAAUGUUAGACAGAAAUCACUUGCAAAUGUGAUUGCUCAAUAUCCUGAAAUUAUGGGCAUAGACCUGGAAGCAAAGCUUUUCAGUAACCGCAGUUUUCUAAACUCCAUCGUGGAAACAAGUCCUGAAGAUUUUGGGAGAAUCAUGGAAAAGAUGCCCCAAAGUGUAAGUCUCAGCGAGAAAGCAAUCGUGAGACAUGUUGAUUUCCUAAAGGAAUGUGGAUUCUCUGUAGAACAAGUGAGGAAGAUGGUUGUCGGGUGUCCGCAGUUGUUGGCCUUGAACAUUGACAUCAUGAAGCUAAGCUUUGAUUUCUUCAAGUCUGCAAUGGGUAGGCCAUUGGAUGAUUUAGUGGCUUUCCCAGCUUACUUCACUUACGGCCUCGAUUCCAUUGUUAAGCCAAGACAUAAGAUGAUUGCUCGCAAGGGAGUGAAAUGUUCUCUUGCUUGGCUCCUCAACUGUUCGGAUGAGAAAUUUGAAGACCGAAUGAACUACGACUCAAUUGACUUGGAAGAGAUGGAGGAAGAUUCAUCGUUUCACCUCGAUAGCUUAAUGAAACCCAGGGCUCAAGUCUCGGAUUCUGACAGCGAUAUUGACUAUGAGUAAUGCUUAAAAGCUAAGCCUUGCGUGGUCGAUGAUGCCAAUCAAGAUGAGUCAAAAGCUGUUGGAGAGCAUUUCCUCAUCUUCUAGAGGUAUGUUUAAUGUGAAGCACAGGAGCUGACCGGAGAAUAUUGAGAAUCUCUUUCUACACAGAGAAAAAGACUAAUGCGAUGAGAUAAUGUGAGUGAAAAGAGUAGAACUCAAGACCUACCAGAAUAUCAACGACAUAUCGUGAAUGCUUUGCUGCACUCUACUGAUAAUGUAAUUUUUGUGCUUUUAUUUGGCUUCAGAAGACGUGGAAGAGGAAGAGGAAGAGGAAAGAGAAGAAUACUAAAACCUGUGGAUAGAUCAACAUGUAUCAUCAACAACUCAAUCCUCAAAUAAUUUGUUCAGUUCCAUUCGUGUUCUGUGCUAACUCUUUUUAAAUUCCAGUGAUUCAUUAUCAUGAGGUUUUGGAAUGCAGAUUUGAGGAAAAAUGUUGUCCAACUGUGUCACUAUUCCGUCACAAUUCACAUUCACUUGAUUGUGUUGCAAGUGUAACUACUACUAUUAGGGGGUGUUUAAUUUGAGUGAUAAGGAUGGAUUGAUUAAUUUUA